UGGGAAGGAUGAUGUCAUGCAGUAUAAAGACUCUCAGAGGAGAUCAGGUUCUUCAUGAGUCUGAGUAAAGUCUGAGACCUGCAGCAGCUAUGACUGACUCUGAAAACAGAAGAGAGUCGCUCUAUCUCAGCAUAGGUGUCCUGGCUGUUAGUGCAGGGAGUUUGCUUCUAUCAGUAGAAUAUUACAGUGUUGGUGCAUCUGCUUCUCUUAUACCUCCAAAUGCCCUGGGCAUCCUCCUCCUUAUAUUGGCAGCUAUUUUAGGAUAUGCAGGAAUCCAGAAUAUUCAAGGUCAUGUACCACUGUGGGUCUCAUUCUAUUGGACGGUUUCAGCUCUAUGGUGUGGAUACGGAGUCAACUUGAUACUGAAAGGAACCAAUGUCAUCAGCAACUCUGAAAUGAGAAAUGCUAUAGUUCCUGGCUUAGUAGCAUUUUUCCUGGGGCUGUUUAUUAUUGGUAUAGUGGGGAUCCUUCAAAAGGAAAUUGUCCUUGCUCUGAUAUCUAUCACACUUUCUCUUUCCAGUAUUCAUGAGAUAGUUCUAUUCUAUGAUGGCAGAAUAGGCACCUCAGCAGUGGCAUGUAAUUAUCUGAUUGUAGUAUUACUUGGGAUAUACUUUAUUGGUGGUCGGACUCUCCAUCGUGUUAACAAGAAGCAUGUUAUUUUACCAGGACCAGACAUAACUAACAAAAGCAAUGAGCAGGAAGCAUCUACAGGUUCCAGUAAGGUAGCAUUGAUAGCUACAGGUUUCAUCCUUAACAUGGCUGCCUCUAGUGUGUUUGGCUGCAAACUCCUUGGAAUAACCAGUAGCCUUUUUGUUGGUCAGGUAGCAUGGCUAUGGACGGCUGCUGUCUACCAGACUGUUAUCUGUAUCCUUUCAUAUCGUAAUUAUCACAUGCUCGAGGCCACACAUAUUGCAUUUUUCUCCAUUUUGAGAUAUGCAGAAGGCUACUCUCUACUGUAUCAGUUCUUGAACACUGGUCAGUUAAAUUACCCCCUUCCAUUCUUGGUAGUUUUCACUAUACUAUUUGUUGUCCUUGCUCUUUUUACAAGUAUUCAAAGUCUUAUACAAUCAAUAUAUUUAUUGUUCUAUGUUGCCUACUGCAUUUCAUUAGCUUGUAACUCACAUGGAUUUUUUUAUGGAGGACCACAGGGAGUUAAUAUUUCAAUAUACAUUGCUUCAGCCAUUAUAGCGCUAAUCACUUUAUACAAUGCAAAGUCAUCUAUGACUAUCCCAACAGGUGAGGGUACAAUUAAGAAACUGUUCACUAACAAUAGCAUUUUCAAGCUCCGUAAGGAUAAAGAUAUAAUUGAACCCUACCUUGGUUAUUCCAAGUAUGGAGACGCCGAAAUCCUUGCUCAUGCUUGCAGUAUUUUGGCUGCCUUUGCCAUGACAAUGCCAGGGAACCCUGGAGAACCUUUGGUUACAGUUGUCUUACCAUGGGUUGUAGUUGCUGGAGGAAUUUAUAAUCUUAUUUGUGGGUCAGUAGCUUUCUCCCGUGGCAAGACACUUGAAAGUAGUGCCUUCAUUCUGUACGGAGUAAUGUGGGUAAUAUGGGGAAUUUUUCGUUAUAGUGGAAUCUAUAGCACAAGCAGGGGUUUCAACACUUCCGUAGGAAUUAUAUGUUUCAUUCUCUUUAAUAGCUUUAUUGUUUUCAGCACACUUUUCCUAACUAAAGCCUGGUUUGUGUAUACUCUCACCUUCCAACUCAUUUUAAUCAGCUUUCUUCUUGAUGCUAUCAAUGCACUUCCUCUGGGCUAUGAUAUUGCUGUUACUAUUAUAUUUGGUCUUGCUGGCUUCUACUUAUUUCUUUCAACCCUUCAUAAUUCCACUUUUGAGGCUCCCCUUUUACCAGUUGGCAGCCCUUUCAUCAAAAUUAGCGGUUUUACAAAUGACAGAUCCAAAUGUCCUCAUCUAAUUUCUACAAGGACCAGCUCAGUACAAAAAAUUGCAGAAAUCAUGAAAAAUGGAGGGAUAUGUGGCAUACCUACAGACACGGUGUACGUCCUGGUGGCAGCUUGCAAUCAGCCAGAAGCAGUGGAGAAGGCAUACAAAACAAAACGUCAAGCUCAAGAUCGACCAAUGUCUCUGUGGAUUUCAAGCCUACAGCAAUUAAAACCUGCCAAACAUUUGCUAAGUCCUUUGCUAUGGGAUUUCAUGGAAGCAGCUUGGCCCUCAUCCAUCAGUCUUGUUAUCCCAAGAGGACCAUGGUUGGAUGUGUUAGGCGCUCAUGAUUCGGCAAAAUACAUUGGAACACCUCAGAGCAUUGCUAUACGGAUACCAGAUUGCGCAGUGACUACUCACUUAAUUGAUAUGGUUGGUCCCAUCGCUGUCACGUCAGCCAAUCCUUCGGGAGAAGCAGACACUACUCAUCACAAUCAAGUCUAUGCAAAAUUAGGAGAUAAGGUUGAUGGUGUGCUAUGUGAUGGGGCUUCUCCUGAAAAUAUUGCUUCUACUGUGGUAGACUGCACAAAAAUAGAAACUGGUGACAUUGCAUUCUUCAGAGUUGGCAUCGUUCCUAAAUCACAGGUUUUCCAAAUAUUUGACCAAGUUCAGCAGAGGCACAAGAAGGGUCUUGUUAAUAUGGGCUUUUCUGGAUCCACAGAUGAAAUAACACAGGACAUAAAUCCCAACUCUGAAGAUAAUAAAUCAUAUGUUAACAAUGGCUUUACAAUAGAUGAUGCAUCACAGUAG